GCGCGGCGACUUUUCGGUUGGUUUUGGGAAAAAGGAGGUGUCAGAAAAAACACGAAGACGACGAGGAUGUUUUGUUUCGUGCAAGGAUGGGAAAGGGAGGUUGUGGGCUUAGUAGCCCUCCUCCCUUAUAGUAGUCCCUUAUAUCACGCACGUGAGGCCCUAGCUAUUUUUCCGACCUCUCGGCUGCGAGACCCCGCAAACUUUAACGCAACUAGUGUCGCCGGCCGAUAAGCGAGGUCGCAAUAAUUACCAUCUGCGGCACAUGGAAUUUAAAUGAAGGAACGAUGUUGUUCCAGAUUUCGUUGCGCCAAAUGUUUGAAAUUGCACGACGCCGGAUUCGGUGCCUGUUUCGUCCGAACGCGCAGGGUUCGGUGUUUUACAGCGGCCGACGGGUUAAUAUAAUUACUGGCCAAUCACUCGCUGGUGAAUCAAUUCAUUACAAGAAAACUCGCAAACAAACGAGUUUACCCGGCAGCGAACGCACACACCAAAGUUUCAGAUCGUAAUUUCCCAAGCUUCUCCCUACAUCUGUAGUCCGAAGAUGAAUGAACGCCUUAAAACAUGCACCGAAUACCCAAAAAUGGUUCGAGGCGAACUGUACUCCUCUUUAGAUCCUGCACUAUCAGAUGCCCGACUCCUGGCGAAAAAAGUAACCCGUCAAUUUAAUGACACGGCCGGAAACCCCCAGGACCUGUCGCUCGAUGAUCUGCACCGCCAGCGUGUGUCGAUCCUUCGCCAGUUGCUUCCUGAUCUGCCGGACACCAGCGAAAUGGAACCAAUGAUCCAAUUCGACUACGGGUUCAACUUGCACAUCGGGAAUAACUUCUACUGCAACUUCAACUGCUGUUUUCUCGACGUGUGCCCUAUCGAGAUUGGCAACAAUGUGCUUCUGGGUCCAAAUGUGCAACUGAUUACGGCAACGCAUCCACUGGACAAAAACCUCCGCCGCCAGGGGCUCGAGUAUGGAAAGCCUAUCAAGAUCGGUAACGAUGUCUGGAUCGGCGCUUCUGUCGUCGUUCUACCAGGGGUCACGAUUGGAGACGGUGCCGUGGUGGGGGCCGGCGCCGUCGUUACAAGGGACGUUCCUCCAGACACCAUUGCCACCGGCAUUCCCGCCCGAGCAAGGGCCAAGUGAGGGGCAUCCCAUUUGCAGUGGGGUGGUGGGGGCACCGGUGGUGGUGGUAGUGGUGCCCCACGCUCGCAGCAACCCUCCGCAGUGCCCCCACACCACCCACCUCGGGCCUAGUAACAGACAGACACGACCCAGCACAUAGCACCACACAGCACACCACAUGGCUCCUCCUGCUGAUCCUCGCCGUUCCGACCUGAUUGUGCCCUACAAGGCCCGCGUCGGCGUCUACGAA